GCUCAGUGUAACCAGAUCUCCGGUUUCGUCCUCUCGCCCUAUAGAAAGAUAGGCGAAACUAUGGGGAAUUGCAUAUGAUGUCAAUGUAAAGUCUUGACGUUUUGGAAUGGUGGCAGCGUAGCAUCUCGCCAUUCCAGUCGUAAGUCAUAUUAGAGCAACCGGCCCGGACGACAGUUGGCGACGCGACCCCGUUACCAUGCUCUUGGAAGUUACUCAACAACAGUCUGCGGAAGGCUCAUUAGAAGACAUUUUUCCAUUUGAUAAAAUGGCUGGAGAGGUGAACUCUCUCUCUCUCGUGUGUUUGCGGACGAUGAAAUGUUUUCGCCUGGAAGAAGAUUUGCAAAGGAGCACAUGCUGGAAUCCAACUGCUUCAAAAAUUUUGCCAGACUAGGCCAAGGCCUUCGGGGAAUUCCUGUUUGUGUGAUGAUGAAUCCUUGUGACCGCCAUACUGGAGACUUUGGUGACAUGUUUACGAAAAAUGCAGCGCUACUGUGGCUCAAAAGCUUUUUCGGUGGUGUUGGUCUAAGCCUCGAGCACGACGUUCCUAUACUGGACAUAUUUUCAUUGCUAAGCACCGACUGGUUGCGGCAAGGCCAUGGUGGACAGUCCGCUGAACAUCUGAUUUUUCGAUCGUGUGAGAUCACUCAAGACAUUCUUGAGGCACUUAAUCCACCAUCUAUUGUCGUCAUGCAAUGCGUCACGAAUCCACACCAGGGGCAGAGGAAUUCAAUAUUUGGGCGUGUACAACAUCCCUUGGCGCAAGCUCUCUUUUCAUCAAUGGGCCGGGCGCGAGAGGGCAAGGUGCACACAUGUGUUCUUGGGAGGCGCGAAAUUCCGGUAGUAGCAGCGUUCCACCCAAGUAAAAUCCACUAUGAGCAGAAUCUGGAGAAGAAGCGACAUCAUUAUCAGCUUCUCCAAGAAAUCUUGUUAAAGACUUUCUCCCCUUAUGUUCAAGAUCUUCAUGAGUGUUCAGAUUAACGAAGUUAAAGCUUCUGGCAUCCAGAACGUUCUUUACAUUAUCUGCUUGAUUAUUAAUUAAUUGAUGCAUAAAAAUACAGUUCAUUUUUCC